UUGAUUUUAUGCUGAUCUUACUUCCUUUACUAGCAUCAAAUGCUAGUUAUGGAUUGCACACCCAAUGCGAGUGUCAAAUGUGGUGUCAAACGUAAACAUCAGUCCUUAUCUCUGCUAGAUAAGAUAGAAUUGUUGAAAAAACUCGACUGUGGUGUUCCGGUGCCUCAAGUUUGUAAGAUUUAUGGUAUAGGUUCGUCGACUCUGUAUGAUAUAAAGAAGAAGAGGGAAAAAAUCAAGCAAUUCGUAACAGACUGUGAUUCCAUGAAGCAAAUCAACAACAGGAAAACCAUGAAAGCAGGCAAAAGCACAGAACUGGACCGAGUGUUGGUCGAAUGGUAUCGCAAGUGUCGAAACGAAGGGUUGAAGCUGACGGGCAACAUGAUCAUGGAGAAGGCCAAGAUAUUCCACAAAGAACUCAAAAUAGAAGGCGAACGUGACUAUGGCAAAGGGUGGUUACAAAGGUUUAAGAAACGCCAUGGAAUGUUGACGGCUAAAAUGUGUGGAGCUAAAAAGGCCUCAAAUCACUCAGGAGCUGACAAGGACGGAGAACUCGAGGUCGGCGCUGACGAGGGCGAAGAAAUCGCAGAGAUUUCUUCGCCCUCGUCAAGGAGAACCCAGGCACUGGAGGAUGAGAUCCUAGAUAUGGUGCUUAAGGACGUGGAAAAUAGGAAACAGGAUGACAGCGACUGUGAAGACAUAACUGAAUUACUCUCAGUUGAAAAGUUGAUUAAGUUGACUGAUGAACUUAUUGAUGGACUAGACCAUUGUGACUUCAUGCCCAAGCAAGAAAUAAUUAUAUUUCAUCUGCUGCUUGACAAAUUGCACAGGGAAAGAGCAAAGCAAUUAAAGCAACUUGGCCUUGAUAAAACACCAAAGAAGAGAAUUCAUCAAGUGAAAGAUUCCGAGAACAGAAUGAGCAAGAAGAAAAAGAUAUACGAGGAUGAGUCAUCAGUGGCACUGCCCGGCAAACAGGAGUGUGCCGAGGAAAGUACAAAAUCAGUGCACAAGACAACGCAGGCAACUUCCACCAUUUCUCCUAUCCACCCCUUUCCACAUGACGACCAGAUAGCAGUCACAGUAUCCAGCCCAAGACGCAGAAAUGAUAAAAUGCCAGACAGAAAAUCAUGUCAUGUCCAGCACAAUGAGCACCAUACUCUAAUCCUGAAACGCAUUCUAGAAGAUACAACCUUUGCCGAUGUGACGCUAACAGCUGAAGGACAGUCAUUGAAGGCACACAAGGCAGUGUUGUCAGCCAUGAGCCCUUACUUCAAAAAAGUGUUGCAAAAGAACCCAAGUCCUCACCCCAUCAUCAUCAUGCCACUUGACAUGUCAUUUGAGGAUCUCCAAGGAAUUAUAAAUUACAUUUACAUUGGUGAGAUAAUUGUGCCAGCUGAAAAUUCAUCCUCACUCUUAAAGGCUGCAAAGAUUCUUCAGAUUUCUGGCUUAUUCACCUUAGAUGAAAGAGUACGUGAUGCAUCUUUAUCAUUCAGUGAUGCACAGUCAGCCCAUCCAGACAAUGGUGGUGCAGCUGUAUCAACCAACCAGUCUAGUGGAAUUUGGAGUUGGAGUCCAAGCGGCAAGGAAGACGUUAAAAAGUCGCAGUCUCCCAGUGAAACUAGAAUGAAUGCAGUAUCAUCAUCUGCUGACAUUGAAAACCUGCCAGAGGCUAAUUGGCAGGAACACACACAUGAUGAUUCAAUCUGUUCAGUGCCUGCUGUGGAGGAGGUUGCUGAUCCAUUAGAUAUUGUUAACCAGAAGACACAUGAAGAUAUUGCACAGUCUGGAGAGUCCAGUCACUCACUAAUGGCAGAUGUUUUGGUGCUUUUACCCGACCAAGACGCUCUUUCAAGGACUGCGGAUUGUGAAUAUAGUACAAGAAAAGAGGCAUGGGACGACUUUGAUGUUCGUUAUCUUGAAGGUGAUUGCUCUUUCCACCAAUCUCCAACUAUAUCUGAAGGACAGUGGUGUGAAACACAAAAGUGUGUGGAAGUUAAAGAAGAAUUCAUUGAAUGAAAAUGCAGUGAAUUAGACUAGUGCAUUUGAAAAUCUCAUAAGACAGGAUUUUUUUUUCUCUCGCUGUCUGUCUUUUUCACUCUCUUCUCUUCUCUCCCUC